UCAGCAACCUAAACGGAGUUUGUCAAAGCGGCCUGUUCUGUGUGCAAGUGUUCCGGCAUACUAGUGAAAAAAUGAGUUUUGCCGACCCAUGGGUUAAGCAGGACCGCCAACAUAAUAUUAGUGAUUCGUUGUCCAGCACCACUACCGCAAACGACGGAGCAGCUCAGCGACAGACAGAUUCUACAUCAGUUUCUACUACAGAUUCAGCAUCACUUGAUUCGCUCGAGUUUGAAGAUAAUUUCGAUCCCAAGCACUCACAGAACCCACGUCAACCGCAAGAUAAUCGGCUUCCGGAUUCGGAUAACUAUUUAGCAGUGCUAGAGAAGCGCCUGGACCGUCUGAAGCACAGUUCCAGUGUUUUGCAGCAGCUGUCGGAACGUCGUGAGGCGUGCAUGCGAUCAUUGUUAAGCGAUUCUACAACGCUGCGAUCGGCAGGGGAACUUCUUGAGCUGGAGGAACCCGUAAACAACAGCGAACUACUAAGAUUCAUACGCCCGGUGCAGGCACUGUCGCAGGCAGAGAUCGUACGACUUGUGCAUCACGAUCAGCUGCAGAAGGAAGAAUACGAAGAACCGCGCGAAGGCGAAGAAAGCGGCACCGAGAGUUCCACAUCACGCUAAGAGAAGUUCGAGAAACGCAGCGGACCAUUGCUUUACGUCGCCCUUUUUUCAUUUGUGUUAUGUGCUCAAAUAUCUUACCGAACGUACUGUUCUUUCUGUAAAAAAGAGAAGCGUCUUGCGCUGCUCUCAUAGGAAUGGCUUCCACGACAACCACCGCCGUCAACCUCGAGCAGGUAACCUACUUCCUCGUGACGGGUGCUUCGCGAGGUAUCGGUGCCAAGCUGGCCAUUGAGACGGCACGCAAAUUUAAAGCCGGCUCUGUCGUUGUUCUACUGGCGAGAUCUGCGUCCGGGCUUGAAAGUACACGUUCGGCCAUACUAGAAGUAAAUCCACACGUUACGGUCGUGACGAGCUCGGUUGACCUUGCGACCGCUUCGAAGCAGUUACUGGACGAGAUCCUGAACAAGUCGCUGCUGGGCCGUACACCGCACGAACAGUUCGGGCUUGCGUAUGUUAUCCACAACGUAGGUACGAUAGGCAACGUGGAACGUAAGGCGGUCGAGCUAGAUGAUCGCUCUGAAUGGGAGGAGUACUUUGCCACAAACGUGUUCAAUGUAGCCGUCCUAAACAGCUGUUUCCUUGGCAAGUUUGGUACCGUGCCCCAGAAACUGGUGGUGAACAUUACAUCAAAAGCCUGCAUAGCGCCGUUUGCCAGCAUGGCGUUCUAUUGCGCGGGCAAGGCGGCCCGCGAAAUGUAUUUCCGUGUGCUGGCCGAAGAGGAAGCUGCCGCAGGUGUUAAGGUGCUUAAUUAUUCGCCCGGCCCGGUCGACACGGAGAUGACGGUCGACAUACAGGCCCGUUCCAGUGCGCCCGGUAUUCGUGAAUACUUUAAAAAUCUUCGUGACACGACCACUAUACUAACGACCGAGCAAACAACGGCCAAAUUUUUACACAUUCUCGAAAAUGGCCUAUUCAAGUCCGGCGAGCACGUGGACUACUACGAUCACUAAUCGCGGAAGCAGUGGAGUGUGCUGAGUUCGCAGAAAAUGGUUGAUCCUAAGCUAUAAUGCGUUCCAUCGAUUGAAGAUGCUAACAUCUCACUGGAGGAAAAGGCGCCCUCCCUUACGCUUAA